AUGGUCGCCCUUCAUCAGCACCUCUCCGGAGAUCGACCGAGAUUCAUUCAGGCCUCAUCGCCGUCUCCAACCGGUGCACACGUUAUGCUUGAACAAACCCCGGAGGCGGGGGCAAUCGUUGUAGUGGUCGAUAUCGCUGGCAUCGUCCUCUUCCACAACCACAUCCAUCUUGCUACACAACUCGACAGCACCUCUCAACCCUCGAAAGUCACAGUCAACAUGAAGAAUAGACUCAGUAAAGCAUUGAAGAAAGGCAAACGGAGUGGUAAGGAUGCAGCAGACUCGGCAUCAGAGGCCAACAGCGUGGUCGAAUCGAGUCGACAUGGAUCACAGACGAUUCAAUCAAAGGGUCAAGGAGGGAGCGAUGUGAUGCCGUUUGUCCUCAGUCCUAGCGCUGCACUGGCCAGUGUAGCAGUUGCAAGCGUUGCGGCAGCUUCUAUUGGAACUCCUGGAAUCCUAGCCAAUGCACAGCAUUCCGCGAACCAAAUCUCCGAAGGAGGUCCUUGGUCCACACCGGCUGGCGACCCGAAGUCCUCUCAAGCUCCGUCGGCGCCUAUGCAGAUUCCCGACAUCGCCACAGCGCUCGAGGCGGCUCGUGUUGAACAGAAGCCUGCCGUGCGGAACGUGGAGAGGAUGGAUCAAACGCUAUCUCUCCCUGCUACAGCAGAUUCCGCUGUCGAUGCAGUAGAUAAUGCCGUCGACCUUUGGCAGCCGUUGAUGGACAAGAUCAAGAUCUUCACUGGCAUUGUCACCGUCAUCGGCGAGAUUCACCCCUACGCGAAGAUGGUAACGACCAUUCUCAGUGCAGUCACAAAGCCUCUGAUUGCACAGUCCGAGCGGGACAAAAACAUGACAUCCCUACUUCAGACUAUCAGCGAGGUGUACGAAUACCUGGUGGCCGUCGAGGAUCUGAAAGUAGAUAAGAAGCGCAGAAAAGUUGCUGAAACCGCGGUCAAGCAGUCCGUCGAAUGCGCGUAUUUUAUCCGAGCAUACUAUCUGGAGAACAAAACAUUUGUUCUUCGUGCGAUAAAAGGAGUUCUUUCGUCGAUUGAUGAAACCAUCCUGGGGUACAAGACGAAGUUUGAGCAGCUGAGGCAGACGCUCAGAGAUCUUUCCGACAUCGGUGUUGAGACCAAUAGUCUCCGUGUAGCGGAUAUGCUCGACAGUCUCAACAUGAAAUUCGACCUGAGCAACAUGUCCCACGUCAAGGGAGCUGGUGUGCGUGGAGAUAAAGCAUGUUUGGAUGGCACACGAGUUGACGUGAUCGAUGAAAUAUCCGAGUGGGUGAACGGUACUGACGUUCCUCCCGUUUUUUUCCUCCAUGGCGAAGCAGGAACAGGUAAAUCCGCGAUUAGUCACUCCAUCGGCCAGAGAUUUGAAGCCUUACGUCGCCUCGGAGCGUCCUUCUGCUGCGAUCGUAAUUUCGCCGCGAAACGAGACCCGGAGACAGUGCUGACUACGCUCUCGCACGAUCUGGCAUCUGUGAAGCCAGCCUUCUGUCGAGCUUUGAUGGAAUCUCUUCAAGCGAAUCCUAGACUCUCGGACACACCGGAUAUUGAGUUGCAAUGGGAUAGCCUUAUUGUUGCUCCAGCGCAAGCACUGGCAAACCCGUUUCCUGUCCUCAUUAUCAUCGAUGCAUUUGAUGAAUGUGGCAGUCAAGGAUCUCAGUCUCGUAGAACCCUCCUUUCGAUAUUGACUAAGCGGGUUCACGAGCUUCCACCCAACUUCCGUAUCUUGGUCACUUCUAGAGCCGAGUACGAUGUUAUGCAGGCAGUCAAUCCUGCCAGUCCUGGUCAUCUUUGCCAAAAACGUAUGAACGAACUCCCCGCCACAAAAUAUGACAUACUCCGAUAUAUAAAUCACACAAUGACGAGCCAAGCGGCAUCUCACAAAAACCUUACCGAGGAUCAGCGUCGUACUCUGGCGGAGCGUUCACAGGGCUAUUUCCAAUGGGCAUACCUAGCAUGUAAAGUCCUCCUUGGUAAAGGCAGAGGUGGUCUGAGUGUUAGAAAACGCUUUGAGCGUCUUCUGUCUGUUUCUCCAGGAAAAGAAGAUUUACAGCCCCUUGAUGCGAUGUAUAACCUAAUCUUAUCCAACGCCUUCGACUCGACAGACAAAGAUGUCAUGGAACAAUAUAAGUCAGUGAUGAGCCAGAUUCUGGCAGCAUUUGAGCCACUCUCUCAACACACAUUGAACGAGAUUCGCCAGAAGAGCCGCCAUUCCACAGAAAUCGAUGAGGACGAAAUUGAGCUCGUUGUUCCGUUCCUUGGUUCACUUUUUACUGGUCUUCAGGAUAGCACCACACCAGUCCAACCAGUACACGCUUCUGUACGUGACUAUCUCUUGGAUCGCGAGCGUAGCCAAUCAUUCUUUGUGGACCUUGCUGGUGGUCAUCACACCCUGGCACUUGGAAGUCUCCGCCUUAUGGCAGAAAAGCUGGAGUUCGAUAUGUGCAAACUUCCAAACUCCCAUUGCAGAAACUCUGAAGUGCUAGAUCUCUCUGAAAGAAUAUCGGAGAAUAUUCUUCCUGACUUGUCGUAUGCCUGCCGCUUCUGGGGCAUGCACAUUCAUGGGUUUUCGUCACUUGAGGGUCACCUUUCUUUUCCAGCACAUGAGCUUCAUGACUUUAUUCACGCCAAGCUCCUGUUCUGGUUAGAAGUCAUAGCCGUCAUCAACAAGAUUGGUGCGGCUCUAAAUACUGUGCACUUGGUGCUCCAGUGGCUCAAAUCGGAUCUUUUCAUAAGUUUCAAAAACACUGAGGAUAAAUCUCAAAAGCUCAUUGAUCUGCUGAAAGACACCCAACAAUUCUUACGUGUCUUUGGGAGAGCAAUCUCGGACUCAACACCACAUCUUUACCUUUCAGCUCUGCCUUUUGUACCCAAAGGCUGUGCCUUGCAGCACAUUUUUGUGCCUGAUUUUCCAAGGAUCCCAGAGAAAUGUUGCAAUUCAGAAUGCAGUAUUCAGUGGCCUUCUGCACAGGCCAUACUCAUUGGGCAUAAAGACUGUGUCUGCUCCGUCAUUGUGUCUCCAGAUGGGAAACACAUCGUGUCCGGCUCAGAUGACAACACCAUCCGCAUCUGGGAUGCAGAGACAGGCCUGUCCAUUGGCGAGCCUCUUCGAGGGCAUGAAGGUUCGGUCAACUCCGUCGCGUUCUCUCCAAACGGGGAGCGCAUCGUGUCCGGCUCGUAUGACAACAUCAUCCGCAUCUGGGAUGCAGAGACGGGCCUGUCCAUUGGCGAGCCUCUUCGAGGGCAUGAAGGUUUGGUCAACUCCGUCGCGUUCUCUCCAAACGGGGAGCACAUCGUGUCCGGCUCCAAUGACAAGACCAUCCGCAUCUGGGAUGCAGAGACGAGCCUGUCCAUUGGCGAGCCUCUUCGAGGGCAUGAAGGUUGGGUCAACUCCGUCGCGUUCUCUCCAAACGGGGAGCGCAUCGUGUCCGGCUCCAAUGACAAGACCAUCCGCAUCUGGGAUGCAGAGACGGGCCUGUUUGGUCAACUCCGUCGCGUUCUCUCCAACGGGGAGCACAUCGUGUCCGGCUCCAAUGACAAGACCAUCCGCAUCUGGGAUGCAGAGACGAGCCUGUCCAUUGGCGAGCCUCUUCGAGGGCAUGAAGGUUGGGUCAACUCCGUCGCGUUCUCUCCAAACGGGGAGCGCAUCGUGUCCGGCUCCAAUGACAAGACCAUCCGCAUCUGGGAUGCAGAGACGGGCCUGUCCAUUGGCGAGCCUCUUCGAGGGCAUGAAGAUGGGGUCACCUCUGUCGCAUUCUCUCCAAGCGGGGAGCGCAUCGUGUCCGGCUCAUAUGACAAGACCAUCCGCAUCUGGGAUGCAGAGACGGGCCUGUCCAUUGGCGAGCCUCUUCGAGGGCAUGAAGGUUGGGUCAACUCCGUCGCGUUCUCUCCAAACGGGGAGCGCAUCGUGUCCGGCUCCAAUGACAAGACCAUCCGCAUCUGGGAUGCAGAGACGAGCCU